UUAAAAUCAUGUAUAAAAUUAUUUUGAUUUUAAUAUUUGUUAUUUUUUAUAGUUUUAAUUUGGUUUUUUCAUUAGAUGUUAAAGAAUAUUAUAGAAAUGGAAGAUUUUAUAAUUUAGAAAAAAAACAAGGUGAUUUAAAAUUCAUCAAAAAGUCACAUGUAAACUCACCAAAUUCUCUUUAUUUCACUGAUGAUAAUUAUCUUUAUUAUCAUGAGAUCAGUGACUAUACAGUGUCUAAUAAAGUAUUAGAGGUUUCACCCGAUUUAAAAAUAAUUACAAUGAAAUCUAAUUAUUCAAUCACCUUCAACAAUAAUAAUGAUAAUUACACAUUUAAAGAUAGUAUUCAAAAAGAUUUUUUAAAUAAUGAUGUAAUUUUAAUGGAUAUAUUAAAUGAAGGUUUAACAAAUUACGAUAUUAGAUAUGACACCUUUUAUAAAAAAUGUGAUCGUGGUAACCUAAAGUUAGAUGGUAUAGUAGUUGGUAUGGACUAUAAAUGGAAUGAAAAAGUAAAUACUACAUUUUUUGCAAUUUCAUUGGCAGAUAUUUUGAUCCCAAGAAAGAGCUAUAAAAAAAUUGUAACCGAUAUCCCCAUCUCAAUAAAUCAACUAUCAAAAUUUAAAAGCCACUAUGAUAAAAUUAAUAAUAUUUAUUAUUGUCUCAUCAUCAAUGAAUCAACAAAAAUGAAGAGUUUAGUCUACUAUAACAUUGAUUUAAAAAUACUAACAAGUAUGGAUAUCGAUUUAAGUCAUAAUAGCCAUCAUUUGGAUUUCGACACCAUUUCAAUGUCAUCAAUAAAUGAUAAUGUCAAUAAAAUUUAUAUAAUGGGAUGGAAUAGUUUAGAAAAAAAGACAAUAAUACAUUCAUUUGAUUUGGGUGAUCAUAAAUUACGUAUUGUUCAUAAAGAUGAAGGUUAUCCAUCAGUCAUUUUCAAGAGUGAAAAUCCAAAUUAUUUAGUGUACCAUUGCAACAAGUCUAAUACUUUAACAGUAUUCAAUUCAAAUACCAAAGAAAUUAAUCAUUAUUUUUUUUCAAUCAACACAUCCAUUAAAAGUGCCUAUGCCAUUUUUCAACAAAAAGAAAUGUAUCAUAAAAAUAAUCAAAACAUCAUUAAUCUAAUAAUAACCUCUUUUGGUUUCUUUUUCAUUUUUAAAUUUUUAUUAAUUUUAUAUCAUUUUAUCUAACAUAUAGUUUUUUUUUUAAAUAAAUAAAUAAUAAAAAUAGAAAUAUUACAU